CACAUGUUGCACAAAAACCUCUUAGCUGGGGCCUAUCACCCAGCACUUCAAGAAAACCACCGUUCAAUUGAUCACGAACACAAACCAAGGUCAAGGUUGAUGUAAGGACAACCUUUCUCUGCAUUCAAACAACGGCAGAUUUUGUCAUCAAUUGUCGGUCAACAAUGUCCAAACAAAGUCCAGCAGAUCGCCUGUGUGCCCUGGCAGUGGAGGCUGGUUUUCAAGUGACGGAUGAGAGGUUUGCCAAAUUAAUGGACGAAAAGGAUGAACUGAAGGCAUUCAGGAAAGAAUUCCACUAUCCAAAAAUGAAGGAGAUCAUGUUUGCUGACCAAACGCUAGUCGACCCCGAAGAUGACUGUGUUUAUUUUGUCGGCAACUCUCUCGGUUUGUGCCCUAAGAACGCAGAAGAGUAUGUGAAGACACAGCUGGAAAAAUGGUCCAAAAUUGCCAUCCACGGCCAUCGUCACGGCGAGCUCCCCUGGGCCACUUGUGAUGAAUGCGUUGAUGGCGACAUGGCCAAGAUAGUAGGAGGCCAACAUGGUGAGGUUGCUCUCAUGAACGGAUUGACAGUGAAUCUCCAUCUAUUGCUGAUCUCAUUUUACCGACCAACUGCCACAAGGCACAAGAUUAUGUGCGAAAGCAAGUCGUUUCCAUCUGAUCACUAUGCAUUCGAAAGUCAGAUAAGGCUUCAUGGUUACAACCCAGCUGAAAGUCUUAUCCUGCUCGAACCCAGACAGGGGGAGACUACUCUGCGCACAGAAGACAUCGUGUCAAGGAUACAGGAAGAAGGCAACUCUAUAGCUGUUGUUUGCCUCCCUGGGGUGCAGUACUACACAGGCCAGCUGUUUGAUAUUGCCACCAUCACCAAGGCAGGGCAAGCCAAGGGGUGCCAUGUGGGAUGGGAUCUCGCUCAUGCUGUGGGCAAUGUAGAACUGCAUCUCCAUGACUGGGGGGUGGACUUUGCUUGUUGGUGCACUUACAAGUACUUGUGCUCGGGAGCUGGGGGUAUUGGAGGGGCGUUCCUGCACAAGAAACACGAAAAGAACGACUUCCCCAAACUGCUUGGGUGGUGGGGCCACAAGCUUGAAACAAGAUUUGUCAUGGACAAUGACAUGGACAUAUCCCCAGGUAUAUAUGGCUACCGUAUCUCCAACCCUGCAGGGAUGUUGGUCCCGUCGCUAAAAGCAAGUCUAGAGCUGUAUAACAAAGCCACCUUGCCAGCACUGAGACAGAAGUCCUUGUUACUGACCGGAUAUCUGGAACUGUUGAUAAAAAAAUAUGGCCGCCCAGAAAAUAAGUCAGAGGAUCCCGAUGCAGUAUACAUUGAUAUACUGACCCCGUCUGAUCCUGAACAACGAGGGGCCCAGUUGUCACUGUCGUUCAAUGUCAACAUUCACCAUGUUCUUGACGAACUGUACAAGCGUGGUGUUUCUUGUGACAAACGUCUCCCACGUGUUAUCCGCGUUGCCCCAGUCCCGAUCUUCUGCUCCUUCGAAGACGUCCACAGGUUCAUGAAGUACCUACAGCAAUCUCUGACCGCAGCCAAGGCACAAGGCCACGUGGACCAUAUUAGUGACAACAACCAUGUAUAAACCAAACAGUACCGAUACAUUUCUGUACUACAAAUGGAAAACGUAAUCUUUCUGAGAACAUAAUACUUUCAUAUCUCAUUGUGUACCGCAUGUGGUCGCUCAUAAUAGAUAUUUACACUCAGAAUCAUGAUUGUCAUUUUUAUCUGGCUACUUUGUAAUAUCGCAUGCAUUACUACAGUGUGCCAGAAAAUCGCAGUUAUGCUGAUUUCCUGCUUUAGGAUAUUCCUUUCUGGACAGAUACGAUUUCUCUUUGUUGUUUAAUGUCGCACUCUGCACCAUUAAAGCUAUGUGGCGGCAGCCUGUUUAUAAUCUAGUCAGGCCCAGACACUGCAGUGAUUUACACCAUGAGCACCGCUAAGUUACUGGGAUAGGAUGACGUGUCAACCAAGUCAUCGAGCCUGAAAACUCGAUCCCGGGUGCACAGUUGUAGUUUAACUAGAUGUAAAUCCUGACUUAUGUCACGGGUCACUUGGAGAUGGGGCAUUUUUAUUGGUGCUAGGUCAGAUUAAUUAGUUCUUUUUUAAUAAUCAAAGAUGGUGGCUUUUCAAAACAUCAUUGCGAUCUCAACUUGACUAAGCGGUUCGAAGUUAUUGGUGCUAUGGGCUGGGGUAUUGUCACGGUGGGGAUACAAUGGCAAUACUACUUAAUUAUUCUCUUCAUUUGAUGUUUGUAAUAACGUUUCUAUUCGAUGUUCACUAACAUUUCUCGUUACGUGUAUUAUGCAUACUUUUUCAUCUUUUAUUUGCUGAUUUAAUGGCUGUCACAAGCAACCAAUGUACGGCCAUCAACCUUCAGGGGUUCCAGUAUGAAGUGCUCGUAAAAUCCGAAAGUCUGCUUUGAGUGUCAUCUUUAGGUCUCGUCAUCAUCUACCUAUGCAUUUAUCGAAAGCUCCAGGUUAGCCUGACAGUGUCGAAUGUGGUUUAUAGAUGAGACUGACUGAGUUUGGUUUUACGCCGCUUUUAGCAAUAUUCCAGCAACAUCACGGCGGGGGACACCAGAAAUGGGCUUCACACAUUGUACCCAUGUGGGGAUUCGAACCCGGGUCUUCGGCAUGGUGAGCCAACGCUUUAACCACUAGGCUACCCCACCGCCCCUUAUAGAUGAGAGGAGGAUAUACUAUAUGAGCGUCAAUACUACAUGACAAUACGUGAACAUGUUUAACCAGAUUGGAUACAGGUAUGUCAUGAAUCGUCCGAGUUAUUUGUUUGUUUCGAUGUUUUCUUCGUAUGACAGGGACGUAUGUACGUGCUGCUUGAUCUUCCAUUAUGAAUAUUGCUUUAAAUGAUACUAAGGGCAUUGUAUUAAAUGUUGUUGACAGGUAGCAAUUUAGGCAAACAUACCGUUGCCUAAACAUUUUUCAAAAGGAUUUCAUUUUCCUCUUUUAAUGUUUUUGUGUUUCAUUUGAGAAUCCAUUCCAGUUGUAGUGAGUGAAUGAGUUGGGUUUUACGCCGCUUUCAGCAAUAUUCCAGCAAUAUCACGGCGGGGGACACCAGAAAUAGGCUUCACAUAUUGUGUCCAUGUGGGGAAUCAAACCUGGGUGUUCGGCGUGACGAGCGAACGCUUUAACCACUAGGCUAUCCCACCGCCCCCCAUUCCAACUGUAAUUUCUGGUAGUAACAUAGUUCGCAUUCAGCAAACCUGAGUGGUCGGGGCCUUGUUUACCCAUACUGAACUUUUCAGUAAUGAUUCAUACAGUAUGUAAUAAUUAUCGUCUAUUAAAUUUUGCUAUGCUGGAGGGGUCAGCGUAAUAUGAUAGCGAUAAUAUAAAUGAAUCAAUCCAAAAUAAUAGCUUGACGUUGUGCUUAGUUGACUAUUAAUACAUAAAUGUUGACAAUGCAAAGGAAUCGUUGACAUCAAUCAGGGCAAUAUUACUUCACCAACCACUCUCUAUUUUCAACCAGUCGAGAAACCGUAAUCCAUUAGUGGGCGUGGCUUGUUUUUAAAUAGUUUUAUGGAGGCAUAAGCGCAAAACUAUUGAAGCUUUAGCCGCUCAAUGCGAUGAAAUCACUUGCAAUUUAAAUAUGAAACAUUGAUUCAUAUGUUAACACAAACGUGCGUGUUCCUCGUGUAUCGUUUAUAUGUUAGAAUUGAGGUGGCUUGGCUGUAUAUGUAUGCCGCCACAUGUGAACUAUCUGACAUUUCUCCAUCUAUGUACCCCACAACUGUUCACACUUUGUUCUGUAUACAACAGAUUGUUCAAGAAAACAGUUCCAUCUUCAGUCGAUUGUCAUGAAAACAUUGAAACAUGGAGCAUUUUCAUGAACAGCACUUAGAUUUCUUGCAACCCAUUGCAGUAGGUCAUGUUAGAGAAAUACAUAGCUGUACUCCUUUCAUGUUAUUUAGGUCAGCAUGGGGAAUACAUUGAAGAUUCACUAGUUUACAUGUUUACAGGACAGUCGAACUAACACCACAAUCUGCCAACAGGUCUGAUUCCGAUUUUCUCGAUUUUGUCCAUGUUAAAUGCUAUACCAAAUGUCUUGUAACCAUCCUAGUUUGUUUUAGGCCACCAUCCUUGAACUAUUUGAAGACAGAUCGUCUAGUACGCGGAAUCACUAUUAUGUCGUUACUAUUUCAUAACAACAGCAGAUAAAGGCAUAAGCUUUGUUACAGAAUUAUAUUAAUGACCGCAUAAUGAUUUGUGGUGUGCGUUUUGGUCUUACCCUUUGAUCCUUAUGUCUUAUAACUAAGGAAUACUUCUGUUGUGAGUCCUUAUCCCAUUUUCAGACCGUUCUUGAUGUUGUAUUUUAGGGAUCCAUUUAGGCCUAUGUAAUAUGUUCAGAACCUAUUCUGCCUGCAAUGUAUGUUGUGUUGUGACCAAUUUUGGUACUACUUCUGAGCUAUAUGUAUACCUUUGCAAAAGAUUACAAACUUUAAAAAGAGUAAAUUUUAUCAACAAAUAUCUGAAAAGAUGAAAUCCCUCAUAGAGGAAAAGAUUUCUUGUGUCGUUAACAUGGUAACAGAUUAUAUACGUCUUAAAUAGAUGUGAUUUCAUGUGUUCUCAUAUUUGUCAACAGAAAUGCGUGUUAUCUUUCACAAAGUUAGUAUGUAAACAUUCAGCCCGUCAAGGUCUACAAUGACAGUCAGUGUUCUUAAAGCUUAUGCUUUUGAUUGACAAGAAUUGGUUUUAAUAUUUUAUUUCAUGAAUGGAUGUGUGUUAUGUUUCAAAUGAACUGACGUUUUAUAUGUAGUAUGUCCAUUUACCCAUUUCUUAAUCGAACGUGACUUAAUUAAUGUGACUACUUGGCAUAGGUCAUAGCGUACAUGGUGUCGUCGAAUGUGUUAUAAAUGUUUAGCUGCUUUCUUGUUUUGCUGUUUAAACUCAUAAAAGAUUUAAAGAUGUAUCGCCAAGAAAGGAACAGUUAUAAUGUUUAGGUCAACUAGUGGAGAAAUGGGUUCAAACCACCAACAAACGUCCAUCAUUUUGAUAUGCCUUAUUAUAGGUGAUUCAAUUACAAUAUUUUACUGUUUAUAUCCUUUAACCAGUGGCUCAUCAGUAUGCAUGUGGUAUGCUACUUAUUGGUAUGUAUUUUAUAUUAUGCAUGUGAUUUUGCAUAUAUUUUCUUUAAAAGUAUUACCAGUUAGUCUGUUAUUGAACAUAUUCUUUACAUGUUCCCAUUAAACUAUGUAUCUCAUC